AUGACACCAUUGGCCAUGGGCAUGAGGAAACCAGCAGAACAAAACCGCAUCCUUCUUCCCUCCGGUGCGGUCGCACACAAUGCCCUGUGUGGUACGAUUUUUUAUCCCCUCCUGUUGCCCAGGGAUUCGCGCUGCGGGGGUGGCCCGCCCUCCAAGAACCGGAGCUCUCCACGCUGUGCGUGGUCGUGCCAGAUGACAGUGCAGGUGACUUGGUCAAUAAGGCCAUCACAAUGCAUCUGUCGGCAGAAGCAAGCUGCAAACCUGAUGUCUUUUUCCCGGUGUGUUCUGGGGAAGGUUUCCACGGCCCACGAGGCAUGUGCCCCGGGUGCCCAGCCGGUAACAUAUUCAUGGUGA